CGCCUCCGGCAUUGUUUGUGGUUUAAAUCUGGGCCGUUAGUGAGAGGAGAGUGCGCGUGCGCGGAGCGGCCACAGACAUGGACGAGUUUCAGAGCGGAGAAGAGACUGAAUUUGUUGUAGAUGAAGUGAGUGCCAUUAUUAAAGAGUCCAUAGAGACUGCAAUCGGUGGGAAUUCAUACCAACCUAGCAGGGUGAACCACUGGACAUCAACCGUAGUGGAAAUGUGUCUGAGUCAACUGACAAAAUUGAACAAACCCUUUAAGUAUAUUGUGACUUCGGCAAUAAUGCAGAAGAAUGGAGCUGGACUGCACACUGCUAGUUCCUGUUUCUGGGAUAAUAAUGGUGAUGGGAGCUGCACUGUGAGAUGGGAGAAUAAGACUAUGUACUGCCUGGUCAGUGUCUUUGGGCUAACUAUCUAAAUCCUGGAUUCUGGCUGCAUUAUAUCCUUGAUAUUUAACCCAUCUAUCCUUCCCUAAAAGACCUGGACUGUGAAGCACUUGAUUGCUGCUUUUAUUACUAUCCUUAUUUUUAAAUAUUCUAACAGUGUCCAAUUCAACAUGGAGUGUCUUGUUCCUAUUUGUUUUGCAUAAGCAUCCAUUCCAUCUACUCGUGAAGAAACAUAGUUGUUGUAACCUUUCAUGUUUUGUGUUAAAACAUUAAAAUAAACUUGUUUCAUUUGAACUAA